UUCUAUAUUUUUCGUGCAAUGCAAACUGUUCGCCUCUCAAGUGGCUAUGUUAUGCCUCUCGUUGGAUUUGGAACAUAUAAAAUUCAAGGGAGAGAUACAAUAUAUCAAGUGAUUGAUGAAAGCUUAAAAGCAGGUUUUCGUUCUAUCGACACAGCUGUAGUAUAUCGAAAUGAACAAGACAUUGGUUAUGCUUUGAAAAGCCUAUUACCCAAAUACAAUCUUCAGAGAAGUGAUAUUUUUAUCACAACAAAACUCUCACCAAGUGAAAAUGGGAAUCCAGAAGGAAUAGAGCAAUCUGUACAACAAUCUCUUGAAGCACUCAAUAUUACAUAUAUUGAUUUGUAUUUAAUUCACUGGCCUGGUGCAAGUCGCAUACCAGAAAGUUCUGGAAAUAAUUCAGAUUUACGUGCAAAGACUUGGGAUAAAUUAGUAGACCUACAGAAGCAAGGAUUAAUAAGAUCCAUAGGGGUGUCUAAUUAUACUAUAUAUCACUUAGAAGAGUUAUUGAAAAAUUGUAAGAGUAUAAUACCAGCUGUAAAUCAAGUUGAAUGUCAUCCACAUUACCGACAAGAGGAGUUAAUUAAAUAUUGCAAUGAGAAAGACAUACAUAUACAAGCAUAUUCUUCGUUAGGGAGUAGUAGUAAUACUAAUCUUCUAAGGGACCCAAUCGUAACACAGAUAGCUUCACACUUAAAUGUGUCACCAGCACAAUUACUAUUAAAGUGGGCCUUGCAACAAGGAAUUGGCAUUAUUCCAAAAGCAGUAAAAAUGGAACAUAUAAGAGACAAUAUACAGUUAGACUUUCUUAUUGACAAAGAGAGCAUGAAAGCUCUAUCUUCUCUACCACAAAACAAAUACACUUGGGAUCCUUCCAAUGUGCACUAA